AUGAUGGAAGUUGGUAUACGGCGGAACAGGGAAGUUGUGCCUACUAGAAACAGAUCAGAUGAUGCUAAGAGUCUUUCAUCAGAUAGAAAAGGUAAUGAGGAUAAGGUGACUAAUAAAACUCUUCUUAGUGAUCCGGAUGUGUUUGCAAAAUAUCUACAAUUACUUUUUAAUUGUAUGGUUGUUCUAUCUUUAUUUUUUAUGGUAGGAUGGUUUUUUUAUACUAUAAAGUUGGAUGUCGACUUUAAGGUUGAACAAGAAAAGAUACGACGUAGACUAAGAAUACAAACAUGCAAGGACAACUACAUAAAUAAUGAAUGUGCUCCUGAAUUACGGGUCCCAGCUCUGGAAUCACUGUGUGAUGAAUGGCUAACCUGCAUCAAUGAAGAAACAAUUGAUCUUAAUACAAUCAAUACUUCUACCAUAUUAUGGGCGAAAACCUUGGCAGAGGUACUGAAUAGCUUUGUAGAAUCCAUUAGCUUUAGAACAUUUCUGUUUAUACUUUUAUCUGUUACAGUGACAGUUGUUGUCACCAACGUCACGUUUGGCUCAUACAGGGUUUACCACUAUCAAAAUAACGAUUAA